UUAACAUUAGAAACUGACUGAAUAUUUUCUUCAACAGGUGACAACUAAAGUCAAACAGAUGAAAGAAAACGUGAGCCACACCUCAGGUCUGGUAAAGCUGUCGGAGCUGAAAGGACCUCUUCUUCCUGUGAGGUCACUUCCGGUUGCUGACAGUGUGAUGAGUCAGAGAGGGGGUGGAGCCUGUGAAGAGGAGCAGGAAGAGGAGGAGGAAGAGGCAGCUGCAGUGGUCAGGAGGAGGAGCAGGAAGUUGGUGGCAGCAGAAGGGGGGGAGGUGAAGAUCAGAAGUCGUCGGCAGAAAGAUUUUGACCCGACAGCGGUGGAGGAAGAGGAGGCGGAGCCUCAGGAGAGUAGGGAGAAGGCGGACCCUGCCGUCUGGACUCAGAACCAGCAGAAACUGCUGGAACUCGCUCUGCAACAGUUCCCCCGAGGAACCCCCGAACGUUGGGACCGCAUCGCCAAAGUGGUCCCUGGGAAGACGAAGGAGGAGUGUAUGAUUCGUUAUAAGAUGUUGGCAGAGCUCGUCCAAAAGAGGAAACAGGCCAAAAACUGAUCAAAGGCUGUGACCCCUGACUCCGCCUCGUCCUGCUGUGACCUGCGACCUCCUGACAGGUGACUCCUCUGACAGGUGAAUGACCAUUUGACCUGUCUGGUUAAAAUGUUUUUGUCCAGGUGAGCUGCCUCCUGAUUGGACUGACUUAUAAUUAGUGUUUUUUAUACGAGUGAGGUGGCUUCUCACCUGCUCAGGUGUGUUUUUAUAACUUGUGUCAAAGAUGCUGGUGACUCGUCCGAAGCCACCUGACCUCUGACCUCACAGCUUCAUGUGCCUUAGCUCUGUUCAGCAUGCUGUCAAUCAACUUCUGUUCAACUGAUCAAUAAAAAGUAUUUAUUAUCACCUGCA